AUGAACCCCGCAAGCACUGGAGCGGAUCCCGCCACAGUCCAUCAUGCCCUGUCUAGUCAGGGUUCCCUUCUGGGUCAACACGACCAGCUCAUUCGGGCGUUAGUCGAGAGCAAUCAAUCCAUGGCUCAUCAUGUCUCAGAGUUAGCUUGCCAGAUCUCAGCUCUAACUACCUCGGCUGCAGUUUCUCUUGCCACUCCCAAUCCAGCUUUUUCUCCUACUCCACGCCAGGAUUUCCCCAUCACCGACCCUGAGCCAUUCCACGGUGAGGUGGAGAAAUGCAGAGGAUUUCUUUUCCAGUGUAACAAGGUUUUUCGCCAGCGUCCUGUUUCGUUUGCAGCUGAUGUUACCCGGAUUAAUUAUGUUCUGAGUUUGCUCCGUGGCAAGGCUUUAACCUGGGCAGAGGCUUUGAGCUCUUCAGUGGACUAUGACAAUCUGCGUUUCGAAUGCUUCUCUGAGCGUUUUUCUGCUGUCUUUGAUCAUCCCAAUUAUUCUGGCUCCGCCGAGAAUCAGCUGCUCGGUUUACAACAGGGAAACCGGAGUGUGGCCGAAUAUUCCAUCGAGUUUCACACACUCGCUGCAGAGGCUCGAUGGGACGAGGCGGCUCUCAAGGCGGUGUUUUUGAGAGGAUUAAAGGAUCAGCUCCGGGAUGAAUUAGCUGCACGAGACGUUCCAGCGGAUCUCCAAGAUCUGAUUUCCUUGGUGUCCCGCCUGGACUGUCGUUUGCGGGAGCGCAGAGCUGAGCGGACACAGCGGAAUCCACCUGUCUCACACAGUAAGCCCAGUUUUUCCACCUACCCUGUUCCCUCUGUGUUUAAGUCUCCCUCCGUUUUCUCGCCGCCCAGCGGGCGCACCUCUUCUCACGAGGAGGCUAUACAACUGGGUCGCGCUAGACUAUCUCCGGAGGAGCGUCAACGAAAGAUAAUUGAAUGGGAUCAGCACUGUCUCGCUAACUGUCUGUUAUCUGCUGUACCUCCUGUCUCUGUCUCCCCAAACUCUGCUGCUUCUGUAGACUUAACUGGAGUUCCUGCGACCUACCACGACCUGAGAUUGGUCUUCAGCAAGGAGAGGGCUCUCUCUCUUCCUCCUCAUCGGCCCUACGACUGCUCUAUAGAUCUGUUUCCUGGGGCUCCUCUACCCACCAGCCGCCUCUACAACCUGUCCCGUCCUGAGAAGGAGGCUAUGGAGCUAUAUAUCACGGACUCAGUGGCUGCUGGGAUUAUUCGUUCUUCCUCCUCUCCCGUGGGUGCCGGUUUCUUCUUCGUUGGCAAAAAGGAUAAGUCACUGCGACCUUGCAUUGACUUUCGUGGGUUAAACAACAUUACUGUUAAGAACAAGUACCCAUUACCCCUUCUCACCUCUGCUUUUGAACCUCUCCAUGAGGCAACCCUGUUCACCAAGCUUGACCUUAGGAACGCCUAUCAUCUGGUCCGUAUCCGUCAAGGGGAUGAAUGGAAGACGGCUUUCAACACUCCCUUAGGUCAUUUUGAAUACCUAGUCAUGCCCUUUGGACUCACUAACGCUCCAGCAGUAUUUCAGGCUCUGGUCAACGAUGUUCUGCGUGAUUUCCUUAACCGCUUUGUCUUUGUUUACAUAGACGACAUCUUGAUUUUCUCCAAAGACCAGGAGGAACACGAGAACCAUGUCCGCCUGGUGCUUCAGAGACUGCUGGAGAACAAGCUCUAUGUCAAGGCUGAGAAGUGUGAGUUCCACCAGAACCGGAUCAGCUUCCUGGGCUAUAUCAUUAGUCAGGGCAGAGUGGAGGCAGAUUCUGGAAAGAUCGAGGCUGUGGUCGAGUGGCCAGCCCCUACUACGAGGAGGGAGCUUCAGAGGUUUCUGGGCUUCGCCAACUUUUACCGCCGCUUCAUCAGGAACUUCAGUAAGGUUGCUGCACCUCUCUCAAGACUCACCUCUGUCAACAUUAAGUUCUUCUGGACCCCAGAGGCUAAUGAGGCUUUUCUCAAACUCAAGUCCCUGUUCACCUCUGCUCCCAUCCUCAUCCAGCCAGACUCUGAGAAGCAGUUUAUUGUGGAGGUUGAUGCGUCAGUUCGUUCCCGAUGCUGCUCGCUCCAAGGUUCUACAGUGGGUCCACAGUUCCCGGUUCUCCAUCCAUCCCGGAGUAAACCGCACACGCUCUCUUCUUAAGAGACACUUCUGGUGGCCAACUGUCAACAAGGACACUCAGGAGUUUGUUUCUUCCUGUCCCACGUGUGCUAGGAGUAAGUCCUCCCACCAAACACCUGCAGGAUUGCUUCAGCCUCUACCCAUCCCUAGUCGUCCCUGGUCACAUAUCGCCUUGGACUUUGUUACUGGUCUGCCUCCCUCCCAGGGUAACACCACAAUUCUCACCAUUGUUGAUAGAUUCUCUAAGUCUGCCCACUUUGUAGCUCUUCCUAAGCUCCCUUCAGCCUUGGAGACCUCCCAACUCCUCUCUGUACACGUUUUCCGGCUACAUGGAAUCCCUUCUGACAUAGUUUCUGACCGCGGUCCUCAAUUCACCUCUCGAGUGUGGAAGGAGUUCUGUCAAUCCCUGGGAGCUUCUGUCAGUUUAACAUCCGGAUAUCAUCCCCAGUCAAACGGUCAGACUGAGCGAACCAACCAGGACCUGGAGUCAGCCCUCCGCUGCAUCGUUGACCGUAACCCCUCUACCUGGAGCUCCCAUCUUCCCUGGGUUGAGUACUCGCAUAAUUCCCUAACGUGUUCUGCUACUGGUCUCUCCCCGUUUGAGGCUUCUUUGGGGUACCAGCCGCCCCUGUUCCCUGAAGAGGAGAGAGAACUAGCAGUUCCCUCGGUCCAGCAGCA